CCUCCCCUUUCUCUCUCGUAUUUCCGCAUUUGCCAUUUCUGGUCACGCUUUCCUCUCCGGCCUUUCCACCACCGCCACCACCUCCCACCUCGCGCCUCCUCCACACCGGCAACGGCAAGCAGCUUCGCCCUCGCAUGGUCCCGCGGGAGCGCUCCAGGACAUGCAAGUGGAGGCCGCGGAGGCGUCAAUGCGCGGCACCGAGACGGUUGUUGGCGCGAAGCCUGCUGCGCGGCGGCUGGGCCGCGUGCUGGUCGGGCGCCGGCGGCGGGCCGCCGUGCUGCUCCUCGCGCUGGCGUACACGGCGGCGAUGCUCAUGCUGACCAUGGGCGGCGGCGAGGGGUUUGGAUCCAGCGGCGUGGUGGAGGGGGCGCUGGGGCCCCCCGGGUCCGUGUACCGCAGCCACCUCGUGUUCGAACGGCUCCUCCCGGAAAUGCGCGCCUUCGCCUCGCGCCCGAACCCGUUAGUAACAUCUCAUUACAAAAAGUCUGGAAAGCAAUGGAAGCCUUGUAUCAGCAAGAGGUUGAUACACUCAGAAUUACCGCCUUCAAAUGGUUUCCUCAUAGUUGAGGCAAAUGGUGGCUUGAAUCAACAACGCAUUUCAAUUUGUGAUGCUAUUGCUGUGGCCAAAAUUCUUAAUGCAACUCUUGUGACGCCAGCAUUUCAUUUGAAUAGCGUUUGGCGUGAUUCUAGCAAAUUUGGUGAUAUCUUUGACGAAGAUCACUUCAUUGAGUCACUUAGAAAAUAUGUAAGGGUCGUAAAAGAUCUUCCUGAAGAUGUUUUUCUGCGAUUCAACCAUAAUAUCAGCAUAAUACCAAAUAUGAGAACCAAAGCUUUCUCACCCCCAAGUUACUACCUAGAACAGGUGCUUCCAAAAUUGUUGGAGCUAGGGGCUGUGCGAAUUGCCCCUUUCUCAAAUAGACUGGCCCAUUCGGUUCCUAUGAAUAUCCAGGCAUUGAGAUGUUUGACAAACUAUGAGGCAUUAAGAUUUUCUGAACCAAUAAGAACUCUUGCAGAUAAUAUGGUUGACCGAAUGAUCAAGAGGAGUUUUUUGACUGGUGGGAAGUACGUCUCGGUGCAUCUUCGCUUUGAAGAGGACAUGGUAGCUUUUUCAUGCUGCAAAUAUGAUGGUGGUUCAAAGGAGAAUAAUGCAAUGGAAAAUGCUCGCGAAAGGAGCUGGAGAGGGAAAUUCCACCGACCUGGUCGAGUGAUAAAUCCUGAGGCUAACCGAAGGAAUGGGAGAUGCCCUUUGACACCUUUGGAGGUUGGAAUGAUGUUGCGAGGAAUGGGAUUUGACAACACUACUUCCCUUUAUGUUGCAUCCGGUAAAAUAUAUAAUGCUGAAAAGUACAUGGCUCCUCUUCAACAGUUGUUUCCAUUUCUACAAACAAAAGAAAGUCUAGUUACUCCUGAGGAGCUUGCACAGUUCAAGGGACAUUCAUCAAGACUAGCAGCGCUGGACUAUACUGUCUGUCUUUACAGUGAAGUGUUUGUGAUGACACAAGGAAGCAAUUUCCCUCACUUUCUGAUGGGGCACAGGCGUUAUAUGUAUGGAGGACAUGCAAAGACAAUAAAACCAGAUAAACGGAAGCUAGUUCAACUCUUUGACAAUCCAAAUAUCAGAUGGGAUCGAUUCAAGCACUACAUGGAGGACAUGCGUCGGCAUAGUGAGAUGAAAGGUUUGGGAUUAAGGAAACCACAGGAAUCCAUGUACAACCUUCCCAUGCCUGACUGCAUGUGUCAGCAAGCUGAAGCACGAUCAAGGAACACGGCAAGGAACUAGGCAUGUUCCACCCUUGUAUCUUGUAAGUAGCCACACCAUAUAACAGUAAGCAAAGGAAAAAAAUAAAUAUUGGUUCGAGCAUAGAAGAGAAUAUAGAGAUUUCAAAUUGUAUGGCUGUUGAUAUGAAUCCCUUCCCCCCAAAAAAAACAGAGAUUCAUCAGUGAAUGUUAUUGUACUUUGUACAUAAAGACUUCAAUAUUUCUUUGUUCUGGAUAAAUUAUAAAGAAUUGUUUUUUUUCUGAGAUUUA